UAAAAGGAUUUGUCCCUGCUCCUCACUUUUGAACCGUUUUUCUUUUUCCCUUGGUUUGCCAUCCAUUCUGUCUGGGAACUUUCCCCAUUGAUACAAUGUCCAACACUAGCAGCCCGAAAAGCCGGUCCCCGCGAUCGCCCCAGGAUCCGUCGGCAGCAGUCAACGAAACAAUUGCAGUUGACGAGGCUCAAGAUGAGGAAGAGGACUUGACUUUAGGUUCUGACGCUGAGAGCUCUACGGCUUCUAUUUCAUCAAGCAUUCUUAAUUAUCGUACGAUCAAUGGCAGGACGUUUCAUAGUGAGAGGGGAAACGCAACCUACUGGGGAUCGAAUGAUGAGCGCCAAAGUGAUGCCAUGGAUAUCGCUCACCACAUAUGGACACUCGCCCACGACGGAGAACUAUACUUUGCCCCUUUGGAAGACAACAUCCAGAAAGUCCUUGACAUCGGGACUGGAACUGGUAUCUGGGCUAUCGACUUUGCGGACAAAUUCCCUGGGUGCGAGGUCAUCGGCACCGAUAUCUCACCCAUCCAACCCGGCUGGGUCCCGCCUAACUUGAAAUUCGAGAUUGAAGAUUGCACCCAACAGUGGACCUUCCCAUCCGAGUCAUUCGAUUAUGUCCACCUUCGUUACCUAGUCGGCUGCAUUCCAGACUGGACAGAGCUUUUCAGCCAAGCAUACAAGACCCUCAAGCCCGGUGGCUGGGUUGAAAGCUUUGAAAUUUCCCCAACUGCAGAAAGUGACGAUGGUACCGUUACAUAUGACUCUGCAAUGGCUCAAUGGGGAAGGAUUUUUAUCCAGGCUUCAGAGAAAAUCGGCAAUAGCUUUACCGUUGUGGACGAUAAAGUCCAGAGGCCUGCUUUGCAAGAAGCGGGAUUCGUCGAUAUCCACGAGUGGGAGUUCAAGUGUCCCUUGAACCCGUGGCCCGCGGAUCCUAAACUGAAGGAGAUUGGCCGGUUUGGAGAGGUCUUCCUCACGCAGGAUACUGAAGGUUUCGUAACAUUGGCAGCUAAUCUACUAGGCUGGUCAAUGGAGGAGGUCCAUGUUUAUAUCGCCAAGUUCCGACGUGAGGUUAGAAGCCGAAAACAUCACGUCUACAUACGUCUCAGGGCUGUCUGGGGAAGGAAACCGGACACAAAAGAGGAGUCAACACCUGCAUAAGCAUAGAGUCGUAUGAACUUACAUCUGAGGCUUAUUUGCAAGUGGUGAAUUCCUCGUCCCUACUUUAGCCUGCGAGUAUUAGGGAACAUGAAACAAUAUAACUUUCAUCUUCCGGCUAACCAUUUGAUGAGCCCGCCUACUUGUAUUACACGUCUAAAUAUAGCAAACGCGAUGCCCUCAAG